CACCCCUUCUUGUUUCUUCACACACUCACACACUCUGGCUCUGGCUUGUGCUUAAGUGAAACUGUUCUCGACGACAGGGACCAUCUCUCAACCCCUAACGCAUCUUGGGCGUGUUUUCUCCUCCCGGUGUUUGCAAUGCUGGAUGUGGUGCGUAUGGUGAGAGUUUUAGAGGGAGGGAUUCUGACGGGAGCUUGACUGGUGAGCCAAGAGGGAAGGAGGUGACAGACUGAUCGUGUUGGAUGGUCGUAUAUUUUCCUGCUUUAAUAAUUGCACCUGUAAUGUAAAAAUGAGUGUGAUCAAUGGCGUUUGGACAAAUCACCUCCAAAGCAUUCUUCCAUCUCAACCUGCAGGAUCUUCGAGCUGAGAUGAUGGUCUGUGUCCUGGCACCAGUGCUGGAUAACUCCUUCAGCCAUUUCUGAAUCUGAAGAAGAAAAUAUUUAGAAGAUUUAAUGAAUCAACUUUUGCUGACAGAUACUAUGACUGACAAGGGAAACUUCACUGUUCCAAAGCUAACAGAGUCUAAUAUGGGAUUUGGUGUGCUGGGAGUGUUUCUGGGGCUGCUCCUGGAGGUCUCCACUCAUGGACCCCACACUGUUCCUCGAACUUCCUGGAAACACCAAGAUGUGGAUCUUCUGGAGUUUUCGGAGCCUGGGAUUUUCAACUACUCAACGCUGCUGCUGAGUGAGGAAAGAGACGCUCUGUAUGUGGGAGCGAGAGAGGCCAUCUUUGAGCUCAGCAAGAAGAACGUGACUAUCAAAAACCAUAAAGUCCAAUGGACGGUGACGGAGAGCCACAUGAACAUGUGCACGCUUAAAGGAAAAUCAAAAGAGAGAGACUGCUUAAACUACAUCCGAGUCCUCCAAGUUGUAGAUGACGAGCGGCUCUACGUCUGUGGCACGCACGCCUUUCAGCCUCAGUGUGAUUACCUGAAUCUGGGCGACUUUUCUUUGGAGGGUCAGACUGAAGAUGGCAGAGGGAAGUGUUCCUUUGACCCUUCACAAAGCUUCACCACUGUUAUGGUCGAUGGAGAGUUGUAUUCUGGGACGGCUUAUAACUUCUUAGGCAGUGAACCAAUUAUUUCCAGAUACUCUCCUUCCCAUUCUCUACUGAGGACGGAGUACUCCACAUCAUGGCUCAAUGAACCCAGCUUUGUGUUUGCUGAUGUGAUCAGAGAAGGAACAAACAGGGUUGUUGGUGAGGACGACAAAAUCUACUACUUCUUCACCGAGGUGUCUGUGGAGUUUGAAUUCUUUGGCAAGUUGCUCAUUCCCAGAGUGGCUCGAGUCUGUAAGGGAGACCUUGGAGGGCAGCGUACUCUGCAGAAGAAGUGGACGUCCUUUCUGAAAGCCAAGCUGGUGUGCUCCAUGCCUGAGCUGAACUUUGUUUUUAAUGUAGUUCACGACAUUUUCAUUCUGAAGGGGAAAACCGGGCAAGAUACAGUGUUCUAUGGUGUCUUCACCUCUCAGUGGGGUAACGUGGGUUUGUCAGCUGUGUGUGCCUACAACAUGACCACUGUAGAGGAAGUCUUCUCCAAAGGAAAGUAUAUGCAGAAGGCCACAGUGGAGCAAUCCCACACCAAGUGGGUGCGCUACAACGGCAUCAGUCCGUCUCCACGUCCCGGAGCUUGCAUUAACAACAUGAUGCGACAGCAGAACAUCAGCAGCUCACUCUAUUUGCCGGACAAAACUCUUCAGUUUGUUAAGGACCACCCCCUGCUGGAGGAUCCCAUUCUGCCCAUCGGGAACAGGCCUCUGCUCAUCACCAAAGACGUCAAUUACACCCAGCUUGUUGUGGAAAAGAUCCAAGCACUCGACGGCAACAUUUACGACGUAAUCUUCACUGGAACAGAUAAAGGAGUCCUGCACAAGUCUGUGGUGUUUCAGGACGAGGUUCAUAUUGUGGAGGAGAUACAGCUCUUGAAGAACUCUGAACCAAUCAAAAAUUUACUGCUCUCUUCAAAGACACGGUCUGUGUACGCUGGCUCAGACUCCGGUGUGGUCCAGACUCCCACAGCUUUCUGUAGAAAGUAUUUGACCUGCUACGACUGUGUCUUGGCUCGAGACCCCUACUGCGCCUGGGACCCUAACACUGCUGCCUGUGUCAACAUCCUCGACACACCCAGGCAUGGUCUUCGGAAGCUAACCCAGAGUCUAAAUGGUGAUGCAGAUAAAUGUCCUGAAGUGCCUCAGAAGGACUACCAGUCCGUGUUGGUGAAACCAGGGAGUUCUGCAGAGCUGCCCUGCAUGGUGAACUCCAACCUGGCUCACGUGAUGUGGACUUUUAACGGCUCUGUUCUCAGCGAGGCCUCUCGCUUCCUCUUCAUGGGCGAAAACGGGCUCCUCGUUUACAGCGUGGCUCCCGAGGACCAAGGUUCCUACGAGUGCUGGUCCUUCGAAUGGGCCCCUGCUGCUGGGAAGAACUUCAGCCGCCUGCUGGCUGGAUACACGGUGAAACUGGAUCUUCCACCGAGGCCUCCGACCCAGUCGACCCGCCCGACCCACCCGGCCACCCCCCUGAGCAGCCAGGAGAACAGUAACGUGCACGCAGCAGAAGGUAACGUUGAGACACGGAGAGGCUCACUAACUUCGACCAGCUUCACAGCCACAGUGCUCCCCACCCCUCCCCAAACCCAUUCAUCACUAACCCCCCCGCCCAGCAGCACCGUCAAAGUCCACCCGAGACGGAGCUUUCCCCUGAACUCGGCCGCUCCCUACCCGGCCAGCCGGGAGCCCGAGGCCGAGUACUUGCAGCACAACAACAGCGUGGCCCUCCUCUUCCUUUUCCUCCUGUUCUUCCUCCUCUUCUUGGCAGCGAUGGUGUACAACUGCUACAUGCAGUACCUCCCCGCGCCCUGCCUGAGGCUGCGCGCCGCUCUGCUCGGCACCCACAAGUGCUCCCAUCAGCCCGAGUACCGGGCCUGUGAGGCGGGGCUGAUGGAGACCUCCGCCACCGACAAAAUGAACAUGACCGAGCAGCCCACCCAGAACGGCAGCCAGGCCUCCAAGAAUCUCCGGGCGCUCCGCGACACCGGGUACGAGACUGAGCCCGAGUGCGGCAACGGCCAGCUCCCCUCCCACAGCUCUGGAAGCGCCAGCCCCUCACAGGAGAAGCCUUUCGAUGUGGACUGUGACUCUCAGUCCAUCCAGUUCGCAGAUGCAGACGAACCUUGCUGCUAAAAGCUUUUAUCCCCCCACUCUUUUUUCCCCCUCCCCAGUAGAAACUGAUGCGCUUUCUGUGACUGCACAGCAAACAAGCUAAACAAUAUAAAAAGUGUGGCGUCUAACAAAGCUGAGUCGUCAUAAAGUCUAAACUGGGCAACCGGUUAAAUCUGGUCUAGGUCUUAAAACGGAGCAAAAACAAACUGUUUUCAGCUUACGCCAGCACAGCAAAGCUAUUUCUUAUAUUCCAAAUUGGAAACAUUAUUUACCAAAUUGGUAAGAUACUCUGAUGUUUUCCAAAUUGGAAUCCUAUUUCUUUGCAGCGUGGGUGAGAAAUAAUCUUGUGGAGCGUUCACAUCUUUAUGUGUUGCUGUUUAGGUGAUGCAAAAUGCUUUGGUGUUAGUCAUUUCUCAGGGAAGAGUUCCGUAAGUAACGGCCUGUUGGUGGCAGUGUUGUCGUCUGCAGCAGCUGCUAUGAGUUGGCACUGAAGGACGUCAGCAGAGAGACAAACUAGUGGACAAGUUUCUUUUUAAUGCUGGAAUGUAUCCAACCACUGUCUUGUGCGAAGAAGCACUGCUGAGAUUAUUAUUUUCUUAUUUGUGAAGUUCCUGAUCGUCACGUGUAUUAACCUUCAUCAGUCACCUUUCCUUAAUGUGGUGGACUAAUGAAAACUAAAUGUACAGUCUGAACUAAAACUUGAUAUUAGAACCCUGGAAACAAUCUGAAUAAUUUUUUGCUAUUAUUGUGGUUUUAUUAAAGGUUUUUGUUUUUAGCUGUGUCUUUAUUUAAGUAACGCUUUUUAUUAAACGCGUAGCUUUUAUUUCCUUUUAGAUUUUUUAUUUAUUGCAAAAACUCAGAUUUUUUUUAGAUUAUUCGUCAGUUUUUCUCCUUUUGCAUGUCAUCCUUAAACAACUUUCUUCUCUUCCAUCACCCCCCCACACACCUCCUCACAGCCUCCUCUCCCAUCGAAACCUCCUCCUCUUCCUCCUCCUCCCUGUUCUUCUCUGGCGGUAGCUCUCACUUUCACUCCUCCUCCACCAAGCCCCACAAUGUGGAGGCUCGGGAGGCAGAGGUGAGACUGUUGCCCCCCCUGCUGAAGGACCAGGCCUGGGGGGUUCAUGCCCAGGAGGCCUUUCUGCUCUUCUGCCUCGCCCUGGGUGAGUGGUGCAUGUGACCCCCCUCCCCCCACUGCCCCUCCUCAGGGACACAUGCUCGGUUUGAAAAUAACUUGCUUCUUAACUCCCUUUUUUUAAAUUAAUUUCCUGCUUUUUUCUACUUUGCAUGUUUCUAUGAUCCAAACACAAACUAACAGAGUGGGUGCGUCCUUUUUUUAUUUGGGCAAAGCAGCUUUUUUUAAACGUUUGUUUCUGCGUUUUGGAAAACUUACCACCAACCAAUAGUCACAGUUCUUUAAUAAAAUGUCAACUUCUCCAUAAUUGCAACAAAAAGUUCAUGUUUUUUGUACAUUCUUCUGUAAAAACUGUUGUAGAAAGUUGUAAAAUUUAGAGACAUGUUUAUUGAGUCUGAUAUGAAACAAAAUCUUCCCUUGGUUGUUCGUAUGACUUUUAGACUGUGGUUUUUUAUUGUGCCUGUACAUGUUUGUAAAUUUAUAUGUAUAUAUAUAUAUAUACUUUUGAAAUAUGUGUAUAAAUCUGAGGGGCAAUGUGGGGCUUUUGAGACGUGUAAUAAAACUUGCCAAAUGUUUUCAAUGAA